CGCCCGGCCUUCGCCACAGCCCGGGCGGACGCCGCUCCGCGCCCGGCCCCUCGGCCGGCCCCGCGAUGAAGGCGUCCCAGGCCGCGGAUGAGGAGGCGCCACCGGGCGCGCGGUCGGUCAAGGUGGUCCUGGUGGGCGACGGCGGCUGCGGGAAGACGUCGCUGCUGAUGGUCUUCGCCGAUGGGGACUUCCCCGAGAGCUACACCCCCACGGUGUUUGAGCGGCUCACUGUUAAUCUGCAAAUGAAGGGCAAGCCUGUGCACCUCCAAAUCUGGGACACAGCAGGACAAGUUGAUUAUGAUCGCCUGCGACCCCUGUUCUACCCUGACGCCAGCGUCCUGCUCCUCUGCUUCGAUGUCACCAACCCACACAGCUUUGACAACAUCUUUAACCGGUGGUACCCAGAGGUGAAUCACUUCUGCAAGGAGGUGCCCAUCAUUGUUGUGGGCUGCAAGACUGACCUGCGCAAGGACAGGUCCCUGGUGAAGAAGCUACGGAAAAAUAGGUUGGAGCCCGUGACCUACCACAGGGGCCAGGAGAUGGCCAGGUCCGUGGGUGCAGUGGCCUACCUCGAGUGCUCGGCACGGCUCCAAGAAAACGUCCACGCCGUCUUCCAGGAGGCGGCCGAGGUGGCCCUCAGCAGCCGCAGUCGCAACUUCUGGCGGCGGAUUACCCGGAGCUUCUGCGUGGUGACCUGAGGGCGUGGGGCACUCCCAGCCCAGACAGCCCCAGCAGCUCCGCAUGGAGCUGGGCAGUGACCUAUUGCCCACUUGGACCCAGUUCCCAGAAUGUGACCGAAUUGCCCCUCGAACAGGUGGUCACCACAGAGGUUGGUCCCCGGACCCUGGGGCUGAGGUCCCUGGACUGAAGAGAAACCCCCCUGAGGCCUGAGGAAGGGGGUCCCGGGGUCCAUCAGCCCUGUGGAGGGCUAGUCCUGGAGUCCCCUGUAUCACUUAACACCCCAAGCUCGUGGCCGCGCAACCUGGCGCCACCUCGCGGCUGUUCUUGGAGCUGCAUCUUCAGGAUGCACCUGGCGGUCCUAGGACCCACCCGCUCCCACUCACCGCGGCCAGAACUCACACAUGGCCCCUUCUCCCUCCACCCCGCCCUUCCCAGUAUUAACUGUAACAACUAAAAUGGCAUCGCCAAUUAAUUGUGGCACGUCUCUUUUUU